GAACUCUCUCUGACUUCUCUAAAAUGGCAAAACCAGAGAAAUUAUUGCCCGCCAUGUGCAUUUCCUCUGUCCCAGCUCGUCUCACUCUUCUCGCCCUCCUCUCCGCCACCACUUUCUACUGCUUCUACAAAUUCCAUCGCCUCAGAAGCCUCAGAAUUUCCCUAAACCCUAACCCUAACUCUAAAUCUUCCUCUUGCUUUCGCAGAGGCAAGCUCCUCUUCAUCUCCGAAACAGGGACUUCCAAAACCCUAGCCCGUCGUCUUCUCGAUCUUCUGAACUCCAACGACCUUGCGUUUGACCUUGUCGACGCCAAGGCUUACGAGCCCGAGGACCUCCCCAAGGAAACCCAAGUUCUGAUCGUCGCUUCGACGUGGGAGGACGGAAAAGCGCCUCCGAGCGGGAGGUUCUUCGCCAAUUGGCUCGCCGAGAGCGUCGAAGACUUCAGGGUCGGAUCGCUGUUGUUAUCGCAAUGCAAGUUCGCAGUUUUCGGCGUCGGGAGCCGAGCUUACGGCGCGACGUACAAUGUGGUGGCGAGGGACUUGUCGAAGCGGAUGAGGGGGCUGGGCGCGGCGGAGAUGUUGCCGGUUUGGGAAGGGGAUGUCGACGGCGGCGAUCUGGAGGAGGCGUUCGACGCUUGGAGCGCGAAAAUGGUGAAGGUUUUGAAUGACGAUGUGGUGGAAAAUGGUGGAGCUUUGAGUAAUGGAGUUGGUGCUGAGAGUGAUGCAGAGAGUGAUUAUGAGACGGAUGAGGAGUACAGCGUAGAGUCGGAAAUUGUUGAUCUUGAGGAUAUUGCUGGCAAAGGACCUUCGAGGAGAUCACCGGUAGUGGUUCAAACUAAUGGGACUUCGAAUGGGAAAAAAGAUAUGGUUACUCCAGUAAUUAGGGCGAGUCUAGAGAAACAGGGAUAUAAGAUCAUCGGUUCACAUAGUGGUGUCAAAGUCUGUAGAUGGACAAAGUCACAACUUAGAGGCAGAGGGGGUUGCUACAAACAUUCAUUUUAUGGUAUAGAGAGUCAUAGGUAA